AUGGCUUUGAAUCGAUACAAUAUAAUCGAAAGCACGGGCGACCAGCCCGGCUCGAUUCAAGAGACCAACCCUUUGUUCUCCCCCAUUUAUGGGAAGGCUUUAUUCAUCUCAUCGAUACCGUGGAGGGGCAACACCGUCCAUUCAUACAGACAAGACAAUCCUGAUUCAGGCGGGCACAAAAGGGGAAACAAUGUCGCCAACAUUGAAAGGAACAAUCCGGCAGUACGAUCCUCUCGUUCCCCCCCUGGAUGCCGGCAGCGGAGAGAGGAGGACGGCAACAACAAUGGCGGGAAGCGCCUCCUAAUGACGAAUUUGCGCUUUUCAUUCCGCUACACAAGUUUUUCCCGGAUCCUCAUUAUUUCGCCGAUACUUCGGGGAAAGAGACAAAGCCCCGCUUCAAGUAACCCAACGACGUCACCAACGACGCCGCGCGAGGGAACCGCGUAUGGCUCCAGGCAGCCUCCGGAUUUGCAUCUGAACACGCCAUCAUAUCAUACACCGAACUUAUUACGCAUCCGGUAUGACAACGGCGACGUUUGCAUCGAACAAAGCGCUGCAGAGCUGAGACACACGCGGCGCUUUCGACGUCGACAA